UACAUUCUCCUUCACGUUUUCAUUACUACUCUCUUUUCGACGGCCAUUCCUGGCUAGCAGCCACGAUGAAGACGAUUAAAGCGGAGCAAAUCGUCAAGAUCCCAGACAAUGUGACCGUGUCGGCGAAUUCACGGCGCGUUCGUGUAAAGGGGCCUCGCGGAGUUCUCACGCGAGACUUCAGGCACAUUCAGGUGGAUAUCAGCAUGAUCGGCAAGAAGCGUCUUCAAGUGCGCAAGUGGUUCGGCAUCCGCAAGGAACUGGCCACCGUACGGACAGUGUGCUCACACGUGGAGAACAUGAUCAAGGGGGUCACAAGGGGCUUCCAGUACAAGAUGCGCACAGUUUAUGCCCACUUCCCCAUCAACGUGACGACGUCUGAAAACAACACCUUGGUGGAGAUCCGUAACUUCCUGGGCGAGAAGUACAUCCGCAGGGUCCGCAUGCAGCCUGGAGUCACGUGUGUCAACUCCACCGCUCAAAAGGAUGAGCUCAUCCUGGAGGGCAAUGAUAUUGAGCUUGUCUCCCGCUCCGCUGCAAGAAUCCAGCAGUCGACACUUGUCAAAAACAAGGAUAUCCGGAAGUUCUUGGACGGCAUCUACGUCUCCGAGAAGGGUUCAGUGGUCAAGGAAGAGUGUUGAACUGUCUCCUGGGAAGGCCAAUAAAAUGUGUGAAAGAUA